AUGGAUAGUGACUCUACGUUCAAUGGGACGUUUAACGGCAGUAAUAAUACAUAUUCAAACGGGACAUUUUUCGAAUUCAAUGAAGAGAAAGUAGAAACAAUUCCACUUUCGUUCUACACACCAUUCGUCUACGCUGCUAUCGUGGUUAUAUCACUAUGGAUUUUCUCAAUGUACCAUAAAAGAGAUCAAAUUAAGAAAAUGAGCGAGUUGGCCUCUAUAUUCGACGAACACGAUGCAAGAGACUUGUAUUUCGAAGUUAAAGAGAUGGCUGAUGAAAAGAAAGUUCAUGAAAAGGUAAUCAAAGCUGCACUUUUGAAUAGAGGUGCUGAAGCCAUCAGACGUUCAUUCAAAUUGAAGGAAAUGGCUCCUCAAAUUGAAGUACUAUAUAAAAAUGGAUCAGUUGGUGAUGAAUACUGGCAGCGUUAUCAAACUGAAAUUAAGCUAAAUGAAGUUGAAUUCAAAGAAACCAUCCAGGAAGCUGAGUCUCUUCAAUCUGGUUGGGCUCAAAAUUUCGUAGUUUUAUGCCGAGAAAUUUGUUUUAAUCAAGCAUUAAUGAGACGUUACCAAUCUAUCCUAAAACGUAAACAAGUUUGCAUUUCAGAAUGGGAAUUGAACAUCGCCAAUGAUGGUAGACUCAUCACCGCUUAG